AUGGCACAUCCGCGGGAUAUUCGGAUCAAGAAUACUCGUCUGGAUCCUGAGCAGUACUUCACCAAACUGGAGUGCAUCAGUAAAGGCUCAUUCGGUGAAGUCUACAAGGGAAUCAACAACUGCAGGAAGAAAGUUGUAGCUAUAAAGAUCAUUGACUGGGAGGAAGCAGAAGACGAGAUGGAGGAUAUCCAGCAGGAGAUCACGGUUCUAAGCCAGUGCGACAGCCCCUUCUUGACCAGAUACUUUGGCUCCUACCUGAAGGGCACAAAACUUUGGAUCACGAUGGAUUAUUUGGGACGCGGCUCUGCUCUGGACAUGCUGAAGACAGGGCCACUGGAGGAGGCUUACAUUGCCACCUUCCUCAGAGAGAUUCUCAAAGGACUGGACUACCUGCACUCGGAGAGAAAGAUCCACAGGGACAUCAAAGCCGCCAACCUGUUGCUGUCAGAGCACGGCGACGCGUUGGGGACGCCGUUCUGGAUGGCCCUGGAGGUCAUUAAGCAGUCCUCGUACAAUUUAAGGUGCAUUAGACCUACAGCUAAGGAAUUACUGAGGCACAAAUUCAUCACUCGCUACACCAAGAAAAUGUCCUACCUGUCCGAACUGAUUGACCUGCACCGCCGCUGGAAGUCUGAGGGUCACGGAGAUGAGUCACGCUCUGACGACUCCGACAUGGAUGGCGAAGGCGGCGAUCAGUGUCCUGUGUGGACGUUUUCCCUGCACUGUAAAGUCCUGUUCUAUGAACAAAUGACAGCGAGGCCUCAACCACACAGACAAGGUGGGUACCCACGUCUCAGCCUUCUGAUGUCACCACCGUCGGUCCCGUUUAAAGUCCGACCAAACUCGCCGAGCCCUUGUGCUUACUGCUACCAUUUGCCUUCGAUCACAGACCGAGGCGACGAAGAGACAGCCGAGGUCACCAUCACCAACGACGCUCCUCGUGCCCAUCUUCGGAGAGAUGUGGAAUGCGUAGAAAUAAGUUCAGCGUCUCUCUAUGUGGACAGAGCCAGAACGAAGCCCCCUGGCUCCAGCCAGAUAGGGCAUGUGUUCUGUCUGCCUGCCAGUUCCAGCCAGUGUUGUGAUCAGUGGGAGGUGAACCCGGCAGGGCUCAGCCUCUUUAGCCUGGUGGACCACUCCCUUCCCGGACGUUCCUGGAGGCGGAGCAAGGCCUGCUACCUUAGAAACAUGCCUACAGGCCUGCCCUGA